CCUCCGUCGACCACUACCCAUCAGGGAUGGCGAGGCCGCCUUCCAGUGCACGGGACGAGUCACGGCGCGAGGAUAUACACCCCGCCAACAAUGACGGUACACCCGAGCUGCCGAAUUCCGCGUGAUUGCCGGCAUUCGGCCCUGGCGACGGAUGCUGAUGAUGGCAUGGGAGCUUGAAGGUGGGCGGGGCCGGCGUUCCCGCAUCGCCGCAACAUUACUCCAAACGCAUGCUCGCUGGCGCCGUCCGUCUUCUCCAUCGCUCAGCACGCACCAUGACUAACCACAACGUCUCCAACAUCAACGGCGACAUCUCGCCGAAGAUCUCGUCGCUUGUCCAGCGCCUGUAUUCGGCGAGCGACGUCGGCCCCGCCGGUCACCAGCACUACGUCGACCUGUACGCGCCGGACGCGACGCUGGUCAUGGGCCCCGCGACCUUCCACGGCCACGACGGCAUCCUCGGCUGGCGCCAGAAGGGCUGGGAGGCUGUUGCGGGCCGCACGCACAUCUGCCAGGGAGUGUUCGCGGGCAAGAACCCCAAUGAGGUCAUGAUGCACGGAACGGUCGCGUACGACAUGAAGGACGGGACGCGCAAGGAGGGCAUCGAGUGGGCCGCGCGCCUGCUCACGGACGGCGGUGACGAGCCCAAGAUCAAGUUCUACCAGGUGUUCAUUACCCAGAAGUAGGCAGAGAAAGAACAUGCAGUCAUGACCCA